AUGUAUGUUCCUGUUUUUGUCCACGGUAACCACUGGAUCUCUAUGUGCGUUCAUUUCGUUACUCGAACGAUUGAAGUCUUCGAUUGUGCCGGAUUGAAACACCAUCAAGAUGUGGAGCCUUUUGCGAAUAUUAUCCCUCGGAUUGUAAAAGAUGUCCAGUCAGCUGAGAACAAGAAGCAUCUCAACGUCAGAACAUAUAAAGUCGUGUACGUGCCAGUGCCAUUCAUAAACAAGAGUAGUAGUGACUGUGGAGUUUACUCACUGAAAUUCAUCAAGUGUCAUGCUCUAAGCUUGUAUUUCACACUGGUGAACGACGACAGCAUUCGUGAAGCCAGACAGAAGAUUGCAUAUGAUCUUUGGGAAGCUGCAAACGAUCCCGAGCUGAUGUUGUGA